AUGUGCAACAGGCUCCUUGCUUUCUACUAUCCUGGUCGGCCAGCUCCUUGUGACGAGCUUUGCAAGGCGCAAUUUCUUGGCAAUUUCUUCGAUGCCCGGGUCACUCUUGAGAGAGGCCGCAAUAGAUACAUGUUUGAGAACGUCGAAGCCGCAUACCAAGCUCAGAAGUUUUGGCCGUUUGUCAAGGAGUUUCAAAGUAUUUCUGGAGAAGAGGCAUUCAGGCUGAGUCGGCAGCUGCAGUGGGAUGGAAAGGCUCUGGCAAGAGAGGCUGACAGGCUGAGUGCAAUGAGAGCAACCCUUGCACUGAAAUUCUCUCCUGGCUCCUUCCUUGCCCGGAAGCUGAUAGACACGAGGAGUACUUUCCUGUUGGAGCACAACAGCUUCACAGGUCGCGAUGGCUUCUGGUCUGACAACAGCGACGGCACUGGAAAGAAUUGGCUUGGUGCAUUGUUGAUGCUUCAGCGCAUGGAUCUCCUUAAGGGCAAAGAGGAAGAUCACUGGGCAGAGUGGUUGUUGAGCAAUGUACACCCCGAAUCUGGCACUUUGACACCCGACUGGCGGAAGGUAGUCGGGCUGGCGCGGAACGCCCUGUUCGAAAAAUUGAGGACCACAAGCAGUCGGCUUGGAAAGCCUAGUCCCGAAGCAGCACGCAUCAGUAAAGGACCGCAGCGCCAGCUCCCUGCACCGUCCGCACAAGCUUGCAAUCGUCAGAAGGCUGAAUCUCCGGAAGAGCUUGGCACUGACGUGCCCGAACGGGUACAGUGGUGGUCCGAUGCAUCGGAGAGGCGCAGUGCGGGCUCGAAGUGGCAACCGUUCGCCCAAGAAAUUGGCAGGAAGCUCGAGGAAGCCUAUCAGGCCUAUCAGAGCGAAAAAGGAAAGGGACAAUGCAGCUACAAAAUUGGCUCUGAUCCAUACACGGUGACCUUCGCCCGAAGACCUAUGUACCAAGUGAACGACCAGACGGGCAACAAGCGAGACGUCAUCAGAACCUGCGCAGCGGCAAAACCUGAGGUAGCUGCUGACAAUAUGUGCGGGCAGCAAAGUCGUCCGAGUAGCACAAGCGUGGCAAGCGCUGCUGCGAUGAAAAGUGUAGCAAACUCGACCAAGCCACAGUGGAAGUGGCGGUCAACGCAGGUGGGGCAAGGUUGGGUGAGCUUUGGCGCAGACGAGAAUCUGAAGAUUGAGCUGGCGCGCUCCUCGAAGCAGCCGGAUGUGCAGAUCACAAUCGAAGGGAGAAUGGGUACACUUAGUUUUGAUGCCUUGGAGAUAACACGGCCCGGCCGGCCUCCUCUCAAGGUCCAAUGUGCUUCAAAGCUGUGA